GACAGGGAGACACAGGAUGAACCUGUGAGUCACCGGGGAUCACAAUUUGAGCCGCCCGCCCGCUUCAGCUCUCGCUCUGGCAACAACUGCGUGGUCGCGUCUGCGUCCUGCACGUGCUCGCGCCCGUAGUCUCCACGGUCGCCGGUAGGGGGCGGCAGACGUGUUGCUAGGCGACGGUCUGUGGGAGGUAGGAUGAUGGAGGAAGGGAUGCAGGAGCAGCUUUGCAUCCGGAUCUUCGCUGCGAAUUGAUUCUGCGUGUCAGCUGGAGCGAGCGAGCGCUCGAUGGUGGUGGAGCUGUGGGCGCCGGCGAGUGCAGGCCCCCUGCUGCAGCGCUCCAUCCCGCACAUCGAACGAGUGUUCCGGGUGCGAGUGGGCCAGGGCCCCGCGGAGCCAGGCGGCGGGGGCAUCGCGGUGAGCGUGCGGGAAGGCGACGAGGGCGACCGCAGCCGGGCCAGAGAUUAUAUUACAUCCCUCAUCUCCCCGGAACACAAGAGAAAGGAGCACUUGACACUUUUCUUGCGCAGACGGCUGCUGUCCCUGAAGUCACUUAUUGAGUAUGACUCGCAGGCUGUGGUGGAAAUAAAGGAAAACACUGUGGAGAUUUCAGGUGGGGAGCACAACGUAAUGACGGCGUGGUCCAUGGUGGAAAAGCUGAAAAUGGAGAAGGCCUCUAGAGGAGAGGGGAGCAUCCUGCAAGAGGUUGCAGACUGCAGCGGUGAGUCAGAGGACGGCAGCAGCUCAGAGAGUGAAACUGAGCAGGCUGCCAGCCACAGUACAGAACCACAGAUAAGCAACAAGCCACACCGUCAGCUCUGCCGCUCGCCUUGUUUGGAUCGCCCAAGCUUCUCUCAGAGCAGCAUCCUUCAGGACACCCAGGUUACCAGCCUGGAUAAAGAUUACCAGGUCAAAAUGGACUUUGCACUGAAGCUGGGCUACUCCAUGGAACAAAUUCAGACUGUACUAAACAAGCUGGGGCCAAGUGCACUAAUCAAUGACAUUCUUGCUGAGCUUGUGAGGCUAGGUAAUAAAGGUGAUGUGGACACACCCUCCAGUACAGGUUCAGGUACCAGUACCCUAGUGGCACGUGUACCAUGCACCAAGGAAAUUACAAGUCCUGAAGCAUCAUUAGAGGAGGAGGCCAUGGACAACCUUGACAACCUGCGGCCAAUUGUCAUCGAUGGCUCUAACGUGGCCAUGAGUCAUGGAAACAAGGAAGUGUUUUCUUGUCGUGGAAUCCAGCUUGCUGUGGACUGGUUUUUGGAAAAAGGACACAAGGAUAUCACUGUGUUUGUACCAGCCUGGAGGAAAGAGCAGUCUAGACCUGAUGCACCUAUUACAGAUCAAGAGAUCCUGCGGAAGCUGGAAAAAGAGAAAAUCUUGGUGUUCACCCCUUCACGUAGAGUCCAGGGUCGGAGAGUGGUAUGCUAUGAUGACCGUUUCAUUGUGAAGCUGGCAUAUGACUCUGAUGGCAUUAUUGUAUCCAAUGAUAAUUACAGAGAUCUGCAAAAUGAAAAACCAGAGUGGAAGAAGUUUAUUGAGGAACGACUUUUGAUGUACUCUUUUGUGAAUGACAAGUUUAUGCCACCAGAUGAUCCUUUAGGACGACACGGACCUAGUCUAGAGAAUUUCCUCAGGAAACGCCCUGUUAUUCCAGAGCACAAGAAACAACCAUGCCCAUAUGGAAAAAAGUGCACUUAUGGGCACAAAUGCAAGUAUUACCAUCCUGAGCGUGCCAAUCAGCCACAGAGAUCGGUUGCAGAUGAGCUGCGAGCAUUUGCCAAGCUUUCUGCUGUGAAAACAAUGAGUGAAGGUGCUCUGGCCAAGUGCGGCAGUGGGCCUAUCACCACCAAGGGUGACUCAAGCUCAGAAGUGAAGCGCAUUGCUCCUAAACGUCAGUCUGACCCCAGCAUUCGUUCUGUUGCAUGUGACCUCGAGGAGAGGUUGUCAGUGGCUCGGAAGUCUGAGGCAAACUCUGUGCCUUCCUUGGUCACUGCUCUAAGUGUCCCUACCAUGCAGCCUUCCAAGAGUCAUGCUGCUGGGGCAUUAAACACACGCUCUGCCAGUAGCCCAGUGCCUGGCUCUUCACAAUUCUCUCACCAAGGCUCCUCAUUGGAGCACAUGUCUAGUGUGCAAUACCCACCCAUCCUUGUCACAAACAGCCAUGGCACAUCCAUCAGCUAUAGUGAACAAUAUCCCAAAUAUGAUCCUGGAGCUGACCAUGGUUACUACUCCAUGCUUAAUGAAUUCUCAAAUCUUAGUCUAAACAGCAUGCACAACACAGACAAUUUCUACAGCAUGGAGCAUGAACUGGGAUUAUACUCUCGAAAUCCAAGUCCUUGUCCAGAUGCUUGUGCUGGGCAUUCAAGCAGUGAGCCUUACUCAUCCUAUAGUGACCUUUACUUGAGCUCAGUAGACUCGGCUGCUGAAGAUGGCGCAAAGAACACUUCUUCAUCCUCUCAGAACAGACUUCAGCCUUUUGCUCAUAGUUUCCAUGAAGCUUUAACUCGAGUUCAGAGCUAUGGGCCUGAAGAACCUAAACAGACCCCUCGAAAGCAGUCUGUUUCCCAUCUUGCACCUCAUGUACAGCAUCCAGUGGUAGGUGCCCGGUCAAGCUGUCCAGGAGAUUAUCCUAUACCUCAAAACAUUCACCCUUCUGCAUCAUCACAGCCUGGCAGGGCUCUGGGAAUGACCAGGAUGGACAGCAUUUCAGACUCCAGGCUCUACGAAAGCAAUCCAAUGAGACAGAGGAGGCCUCCACUCUGUAGAGAACAACAUGCCAGCUGGGACCCGCUUCCUUGUGGUGGUUCGGACUCGUAUGGAUAUCAUACUUCAUACCCCUUAAGCAACAGCCUCAUGCAGCCUUGCUAUGAGCGUGUCAUGGUGCGAAGCAUGCCAGAGAAAAUGGAGCAGAUCUGGAGAUCACCUUGGGAAGGGGGAGUGUCUGCAGCAGAACCUCAGGAACGGUAUGUCAUUCCGGAGCAUCAGUAUCAGACUUACCGUAACCUCUGCAACAUUUUCCCUGCUUAUAUUGUUCAUUCCGUUAUGGAGAAGAAUCCUCAUUUAACAGACCCACAACAGCUUGCAGCUGUCAUAGUUACAGAAUUACGAUCUGGGCGUUAAAAUAUCACUUGGAAGACAAAAUGUAGUUUCGUAUAUUUUUUAUGAAUCAAAACAAAAGGAUAUCAUGCCACAUACUAUACUGUAUGUACUGUACAUAUAAAAAGAACUUUGUGAAUUCUGGCACUACACUCCAUUUAUUUUGUGAUUUGAUAAAAAAGCAAGUCCUUUUCAAAUGUUUUAAAUACUAAGGAAGUGAAUACCUCACAUGAAUUACAAUUUCAGUUGCCUUAAAUUCAGGAGACCUCAAAUCUGUCCCGGCAAAGUAUUAAGGGACAUUCACAUGUUAAAGUCAACGCUGCUGAAGAAAGUGAAAUGAGUGGGCUUGGUAAAUUAACAAAUGCUAAUUGAAAAUUUUACCUAAGAACAUGAAGGAUGACAGUGUAACAAUAUGUUUCUGAAUUGUGCAUUUUUGGGUCAUGAUUCGCUGUAAUCCUGAACAGGUGGAGAUGGGUAAUCACACUCCCAAGUGAUGCUAUGGUAUUGGCUGGGCAUAAUGCCUUACUGUAACGUGGUUUCUUUUGCCAGUUUUGGUUUAAUAGUGCAAGACUGAAACUGUCAGUUGUGGUUAUUGAAAUGAAUGUGAUUCACUUUGCACCUGACAAAGUUAUUCACUCAUAUUUAUUUUCCAAUUGGGGUUUUUUGAAGAGGUUAACUUCCUUAUUUGAACAUUUGAAAAUUGUUGAGCCUCUGUCUUCUCUUUCCUGAGACGUGUUUGAACCAAGACUUCUUAGGAGGGAACUUUGUGGAGCUUAAAUUUGUAAUUCUAGCUUUUAAUGGGGUGUGGAGAGGGGUAGGGAAAUUAGGAGGGGAUUGGGGGUUGGCCAGUUUUCUUUUGCAGCAAAUUUGAUGCACCUUAGAGGGCAUUUUUCGUCUUUUGAAUUGCUGCAAAGACAGGACUUGACCACCCCUGUAGCUGGGGCAAAAGAAAAAAAUAGCUGAAUGUCUUUUGCUCAAUCCAAUUUGAGCAAAAUAUGUUGAUUUCUAGUUUUUCAUGAACGCCGAGCAGGCCUGGUCAGGCCUCUUGUUUAUUCAUGAGAAGGUUUGACACUGCCUAAAUGUUUCAUACUUUGAAACACUCUUGAGCGCAAGGCUGUAGUCUGGGUUAUUUCUGGCAUUUUGCUAAUGGCUUGCAUGCUGCUGUUUUACAUUUUUUUCUUCUUAAAAAAAGGAGUCUUUUUUUAAUUAAGUACCCAUAAAAAACAGAACAUUUUAUCACUGCUGAGGCCAAUUUUAUAAAUAAAUACAGUACUAAUGCCACUAGAAAUAGGUAUUGGUAUUUGGUGAGCUAUUGCACACAUUUCAAAUGACAACUCUCCUAGGUAAAAAUGAAAAUAGUGAAGAAUAGUGAGACAUAUUUUCACCAAGGUACUUAUUAUAUUCAAAAAUAACUAGUGGCAGCUGUUCAGUGCAUGUCACAGUAAUUAGAAAACAUUGAGAUUUGAGGAAAGCAGUAGUGAUGAAAAUGUGUGUACCCAGCAUAUAUAAAAUACACAUACUGUACAUAGAGGUUGUGUGUGUAAAUAUAAUAAUAAUAUUUACGGUAUAUACAACCCGGGUUAGGGCUGCCAACUGUCCUCAUUUUUAA